GGCCUAUACUACAAUUGUUACUUGCUGGUUUGCCAACUGCCAAAAAACUUUAAAGGACUUUUAUUUUGGCAUGUUAUGUGACGUCAUAAAGCUGCGCCGUACCCCCGUGCCUUUUGUGAUUCGGCUGAAAAAAGAUUGUCCAAACACACAGAAAAACUCCUAGUGAAGCAGCUGAGAUCUACAUGACACACUAUUAUAAAGAUGGCGUUUAUUAAAGAGGAGAGUGAAGAUAUGAAGAUUGAAGAAGUAUUCAGUCUGAAACAAGAAGAUACUGAGGAACAAACAGAUCUAAUGACACUGAAGGAGGAUGGUAAAAUCCUGAAUGAAACAGAAGAGAAAGAUCAGUAUGAGAAACACAAUGCUUUCAAAACUCGAGAAAAAUCAUUUAGUUCUUCAAAGACUGAAAAGACUUACUCACGAAAAACAGCUCAGAAGAGAGGAACUGGAUUUUAUUUCACCUGCUUUGAGUGUGGACAGAGCUUCGAUCAACCUGAAGACCUUAGAGUCCACAUGGGAGUUCACAAUGGAGAUAUGCCACUGAAAGAGGAGAGUACAGUCCUCAAUGAAAUGGAAGAGAAAAAUCAGAAUGAGAGACAUCAUGCUUUCAUAACUCGAGAGAAAUCACUUAGUUCCUCACAGACUGAAAAGACUUCCUCACGAAAAACAGCCCAGAAGACAGGAACUGGAUUUUAUUUCACCUGCUUUGAGUGUGGAAAGGGUUUCAAUCAACCUGAAGACCUUAGAGUCCACAUGGGAAGUCACAAUGGAGAAAAUGUUUUCAGCUGCUUUGAGUGUGGAAAGUGCUUCAAUCAACUUGAAGACCUUAGAGUCCACAUGAGAACUCACAAUGAAGAGAAGUGUUUCUCCUGCCAACAGUGUGGAAAGAGUUUUGCUCAAAAAGGAAACCUUAAACUCCACAUGAGAAUUCACUCUAGUGAGAAGCCUUUCUCCUGCCAGCAGUGUGGAAAGAGUUUCACUCAAAAAGGAGCCCGUGACAGGCACGUGAGAAUUCACACUGGAGAGAAGCCCUUCACUUGCAAACUCUGUGGAAAGAGUUUCACAGCAGCACUAAACCUUAGGUAUCACAUGAACCAUCACAAUGGAGAGAAGCCAUUCAAAUGUGAUCAGUGUGGAAAGAGUUUCAGACGUAAAGCAUCCUUUAGUAGCCACAUGAAUAUUCACUCGAGAGAAAACUGUUUUCAGUGUCAUCAGUGUGGAAAAAGUUUCACUGAAAAAGGAAACCUUAGACUCCACAUGAGACUUCACACUGGAGAGAAGCCUUACACAUGCCCUCAGUGUGGACAGAGUUUCACAUAUAAAAAAGCCCUGGGCUCCCACAUGAGAAAUCACACUGGAGAGAGUCCUUUCACCUGCAAACUGUGCGGGAAGGGCUACACAUCGGAACAAAAUCUCAGGUAUCACAUGAACCGUCACACUGGAGAGAGGCCAGUCUCAUGUGAUCAGUGUGGAAAAAGUUUCAUACGUCAAGCAACCCUUAAUCAGCACAUAAAGGUUCACUCAAGAGAGAACUCUUUUAUAUGUCAUAAGUGUGGAAGAAGUUGCCGUAGCCUGAAAAGCCUUAACAGGCAUGUUAAAUCUGGACAUAACGGAAGGAAGCCUUUCAAAUGCCACCAGUGUGGAAAAAGUUACCGAUUCAAAAAAACCCUUAAGAAUCACAUGAGACUUCACACUGGAGAGAAGCCUUUCACAUGUUUUCAGUGUGAGAGGAGUUUCCCUUAUCAAAGAGAUCUGAAACGUCAUUUGCAAUCUCAUUCUGGAAAGAAAAUGCAGUGUUUAGAGUGUGGCAAGAGGUUUAGAAAAAGCAGCAAUUUCAAAAAUCAUCUGCUCAUCCACUCCGAAGGAAGAUCUUUUAAUUGUGAUCAGUGUAAUAAAACAUUUCUUUUGCCAUUACACUUGCAGAUACAUAAGAAAAGUCAUGCAGAUGUCAGACGUUAUUUGUGUUCUUCAUGUGGAAAGCGUUUUAAAUGGUUGGGCAAUUUAAAAUGGCACCAGAAAAUACGGAUAUGUGUGAAAUUACGGCUACGUUCACAGCGCAGCUGAAUCAUGACCCUUAAAUGUGGCCUGUAUCCGAUGCUUUAUCUGAUCAUCCGAUGGGAUGGGACCAUCCGAUGGGUUAGUCGCUGCACUUGUGGCCGUGCCUGACCAUCUCCUUUGCUAUGUGUAACCCUCUGCUGGCAAGUCCAUAUUUAAAGGGAUAGUUCACCCAAAAAUGAAAAUUUGAUGUUUAUCUGCUUACCCCCAGGGCAUCCAAGAUGUAGGUGACUUUUUUUCUUCAGUCGAACGCAAAUUAUGAUUUUU